UGGUGAGUGGUCGGUCGAUCUGGCCCUAUGGAUCGGUAUUGUGUGGAUCCUUCUCACGACCUUCUGGAAGCUACCGAACUUCUUGAGCUUAAGGAUUUCAAUACGAGUCUGCCGUACUAACAAAGGGGUUCUUUUACUAUUUGGUACACAUGUUGCAUCUCCAUCUUUAUUCCAGUGCAAUAGCAACCCUUGACACUUUUAGUAGUUCACGCAAGCAGGCUUUGUACAAACAUAUCGAAUUUUUUUGCCAGUGUUUUAGAAAAUUGUAAAGCAAUUAUCGAUUAGAAAAUUAUGGAUUGGACAACGAAUGAUAAGAUCUCACAGUACUAUAACUACACUUGUCUCAGCGAGAGAAAUCUUGAGCUUGCACGCUUGAAAACACUAUACGAAAAGUCCUGCCAUGCUGAACAUUUUGCACUGGUGGAAAAGGAACUGCUUAAUCUAAACGAGACACUUAAACGAAAGCUGACUAUAAAUGAGUCAAACAUUCGCAAUGUCAUUCAGCAGGAUUGGUUCUUGGAAAUUCCCACCGAAUAUAUGCAGAAAAUACUUUCCAACUUUGAUGAAAUGAACAUUGCCAAACGCAAAUCGCUCGACCUGUUGAUGCUGAAGGUGCACUCACUUCGGGAGCGGUACCGCACCCUACUGAUGAAAAUCUUUACUUGUAGAAUUCAGGUCGAAACUCACGAUCCGCGGGCAACAGAGGAAAAGGUUAAAAUCCGUUUGGCAGCGUUGCAGUUGAAUCGCUGCGAGGCAUCGAUAAGAAAUGCUCGCAAUGUUCAAAAUUACUAUCGCCGUAUAGGAAAUUUCAUGUUUAAGGACAACCUUUAUAAUGACCGAUCACUGGCAGCAUUGAAGCAAGCAAUUAAGGAACAAAUGACACUGAUACGUAAAACUACCCUCAUUGGACGUUCGGUGAUUGAUAAAGUGAUUUCGUUGAAUAAAGAUCUCAAGAAAUCUACAACCGGGUUUAACUUGGACCGGGCGCACAACAUGAAAUCGUUGAUGUAUCACAAAGCCAUUUUGACGAAAGAACGAACGGCGAUAACAAAUGCAAGCAUGGAUGAGAUUGAUCCUAAACGAUGGCCAUCUCGGUACGAUUCAAUCACCCCAAGCAUGGAUGCGUUGCAAAAGGAAAAGGAACGAUUGCACAGCACAAUUGAACAGUUGAAACAUACCUCACUGACUGUCUGGGAGUCCAAAAUUCUUAAAGAAAUGGAUACAAAAACGCAGAAAAUAAUGCAACUGGAGAAGGACAUUUACGAGAACGAACGGGUCUACAAAGAGCUGGACGCAACAACAGAAAACACAAAACACUACGUACAAGGUGGCUUUACAUUGGACUCAGCAAGCUUGAAAAGCCAACAGGCCAGCGUAGUUUUGGGCCUUGAAGAGGAAAAAUCCAACCAUAUCGCGCUGAAAGCUUCCUUGGCUCGUCUUAAAUCUUUACACAUGCGUUUGGAUCAAUUCUUUGCAUACAUCCCACAAAUUCUGCAACAAAACAACGUGAAUUCAGCACCUUCGCUCGACGAUGAUGAGUCAGAACGAAAAAUUACCAUGUCCGCAUUGUUACGCUUGUUCCAAACUGACCAAAUCGUGGAGUAAGAAUUGAUUGUGAGGCUCAAACCUGAAUAAAAAAAAAAUCUUCGUUU